AACAAAAUAGCUGAAAAGUGGGAGUGGGAGGGAAUUUAAAAAGGGGGACUGUCGAAGGUUCGUCACCUCCAUCUAAGAUCCAUCCAGUGAAGAAAAAUGUCGCAACCUGUAAUUCACAAUUUGGAAACAGAAUCACACGUAGCCGACGCUCUAGCAACCUACAUCGCCGAUCUAUCCGCCAAAUUCAUCGCCGCUAACGGCUCAUUCUCCGUCGUCCUCUCCGGCGGUACUUUAAUCGACACUCUCAGGAAGUUGCUGGAGCCUCCGUACAUUAAGUCGAUAGAUUGGUCGAAAUGGUUGAUUUUCUUUUUGGAUGAACGUGUUGUUCCUCUUGAUCAUCCUGAUUCUAAUUACAAGCUUGCUUAUGAUGGAUUUCUUAGUAAGGUACCAAUACCCAAAUCUAACAUAUACCCCAUCAAGGAAAACUUAUCACCUGAGGAAGCAGCCGAUGAAUACGAGCAGCGUCUUAAACAGUUGGUAGCAAACAAUACACUAAAAACGUCACCAACAACAGGGUUUGCUAAACUCGAUCUGAUGUUAGUCGGGAUGGGUCCAGACGGCCACGUUGCGUCACUCUUCUGCUGGCAUUUUCAACGGUUCGAGAAGAAAAAAUGGGUCACGUUCAUAACAGAUUCACCCAAACCGCCACCUCCUAGGAUCACGUUCACUUUCCCUUUGAUCAAUUCUGCGGAUCAGAUUGCGAUGGUGGUCACUGGAGAAGAUGCGGCUGAUGCGGUUAAGGUGGCGUUGGGUGAACAUGCGUCGUUUGGUUACCCGUUGCCUGUGCAGAAGGUGAAACCUGAAGGGAAACUCACAUGGUUCUUGGACAGUGAGGCUACUUCAGGGCUUAAGUAAAACAAUAAGUGCAUGAUCAUAUGAUAUGCUAUAUAUUAAUAAGCCUAGGUGCAUCAUCACAUGACCUUUGUGGUUUGCUUUAGUUUGUGUAAUGUUUCAAGAUUUUAAUAUAAAAUAAAAUUCUGUGAAAUACUUGAUAAGA